AUGGGCGGCGCGAUAAAGGACGCGAAAGCUUGGGCAAAGGAACAAGAAGAUCCUAUCCCUGCAGGGACUCUCCAGUACAUAGAGGAAAGCGACGAUGCCAUGAUUCAACGUUCACCUGGCAGUUCAAACAUGACAGAGCCAAACAUAAAUCGAACUCCUUCCAUCGACAUGAACAGCAAGCAAGUGUACUACUACCACAUCAUCACCAACGCAGACAUCGAGGAAGAAUUAACAAAGAGUAAGCAAGCAUAUCCUAAUGUACAUUAUAAAAAUGAAACGUGUUAUGAUAAGUGCGGACUCAGACGACUAGACUCAGUGCAGUCAAUUGAAACGACAACCGAUGACGACGACACAGAGAGAGGACGUAGUGGGAAUAUACGAUUGGAAGAAGAUACGGGAAGAAAGAGCAAUGAAUUAUGUGCUGGAGCAGAAGGGAUUGGGGUCAUUGAAAGCGAUGGCGGAUAUAGUCAGAUGGCGAAAUGGACAAACGAGAAGAUACUCUAUCGGGGGAGGCAGCUUAAAAAGGCCUGGAACAAACAGUGGAAACAUGGAAGGACCAAUAUAUCCAGUCGUGGGGAUUUAACUCUCGACUGGGACGAAUUAUUCGAGAAAAAACCUACAAGACAACAAGCAUUAAUUGCCUGUCUUGUCUACGCGAGUAUCUUUAUUCCGGCAAUGGUCGUCAAGUACUACAAGACAUUAUCAGCGACGAACAUAUUGAAACUUGUAAGUGCGCCGGUCAUUCGUGUGGAAUGGACGGGUGUGAUACAUGGACAAAAAAAAUUACGAGGC